UUUAAUGGCACAGCUCUUUGCUCUGAAGAAGGAUUCAAAAUGAUGAAUGAGGAUGCAGCUCAGAAGAGUGAUGGUGGGGAGAAGUAUAAUGGAAGUAAUCACAGAAAGAAAAGACCCAAGAAGUCGGAUAGCAAUGCAAGCUUCCUUCGAGCUGCCAGAGCUGGCAAUCUGGACAAGGUAGUGGAAUAUCUAAAAGGAGGAAUAGAUAUCAAUACAUGCAAUCAAAAUGGACUUAAUGCCUUACACCUGGCUGCCAAAGAAGGCCACGUAGGUUUGGUUCAGGAAUUGCUGGAAAGAGGAUCUGCAGUUGAUUCUGCAACUAAGAAGGGAAAUACCGCACUACAUAUUGCCUCCUUGGCGGGACAGGCUGAAGUGGUCAAAGUUCUAGUUAAGGAAGGAGCUAAUAUUAAUGCACAGUCUCAGAAUGGCUUCACACCCCUCUACAUGGCAGCGCAGGAAAACCAUAUCGAUGUAGUAAAAUAUCUUUUGGAAAAUGGAGCCAAUCAGAGCACUGCUACUGAGGAUGGGUUCACUCCACUAGCAGUUGCAUUGCAGCAAGGACACAAUCAGGCCGUGGCUGUUCUUUUGGAGAAUGACACCAAGGGGAAAGUGCGACUGCCGGCACUGCAUAUUGCUGCUAGAAAAGAUGACACCAAAUCAGCAGCGCUUCUUCUCCAGAAUGAUCAUAAUGCUGAUGUUCAGUCUAAGAUGAUGGUGAAUAGAACAACUGAGAGUGGCUUCACACCUUUGCACAUAGCGGCACAUUAUGGAAAUGUUAAUGUAGCGACACUUCUACUCAACCGAGGAGCUGUUGUAGACUUCACAGCAAGGAAUGGAAUCACCCCACUGCAUGUGGCUUCCAAAAGGGGGAACACUAACAUGGUGAAGCUCUUGUUGGAUCGUGGAGGGCAGAUCGAUGCCAAAACCAGGGAUGGGCUGACUCCACUGCAUUGUGCUGCACGAAGUGGACAUGACCAAGUUGUAGAGCUUCUCCUGGAACGAGGUGCCCCACUGCUUGCCAGGACCAAGAAUGGACUGUCUCCACUUCAUAUGGCUGCUCAGGGUGACCAUGUGGAGUGUGUCAAACACCUACUGCAGCACAAAGCUCCUGUUGAUGAUGUUACACUGGAUUACCUGACUUCCCUCCAUGUUGCUGCACACUGUGGUCACUAUCGUGUCACCAAGCUUCUGCUGGAUAAGAGAGCAAAUCCAAAUGCCCGUGCUUUGGAAACUGCUUUACACAUGGCGGCUCGUGCAGGACAAGUAGAAGUGGUGCGCUGUCUCUUGAGGAAUGGUGCUUUGGUUGAUGCACGAGCCAGGGAGGAACAGACACCAUUGCAUAUUGCUUCUCGCUUGGGCAAAACAGAAAUUGUGCAGCUACUUCUGCAACACAUGGCACAUCCAGAUGCUGCAACAACCAAUGGGUAUACACCACUACACAUUUCUGCCCGAGAAGGCCAAGUUGAUGUAGCAUCAGUUCUACUGGAGGCAGGUGCAGCACAUUCUUUGGCUACCAAGAAUGGGUAUACUCCUCUACACAUUGCUGCUAAGAAGAAUCAGAUGCAGAUAGCCACAACCCUGCUAAAUUAUGGAGCAGAGACCAACAUUUUGACCAAACAAGGAGUGACUCCACUUCACUUGGCCUCUCAAGAAGGUCAUUCUGACAUGGUGAAUUUACUUCUGGAGAAGGGAGCCAAUAUUCAUGUGGCCACAAAGAGCGGACUGACAUCUUUACAUUUAGCAGCUCAAGAAGAUAAAGUAAAUGUAGCUGAUAUGCUGAUAAAGCAUGGAGCAAACAAAGAUGCUCAGACUAAGCUGGGUUACACUCCACUAAUUGUGGCUUGUCACUAUGGAAACAUCAAGAUGGUGAACUUCCUUCUGAAGCAAGGAGCUAAUGUCAAUGCUAAGACAAAGAAUGGAUACACUCCUCUGCACCAAGCUGCUCAGCAAGGUCACACUCACAUCAUCAAUGUUCUUCUUCAACAUGGGGCCAAGCCAAAUGCAAUCACUGCGAAUGGCAACACUGCCUUAGCAAUUGCUAAGCGUCUGGGAUACAUCUCAGUAGUAGAUACAUUAAAGGUUGUAACAGAGGAAGUAAUCACCACUACAACUACUGUCACCGAAAAGCACAAGCUCAACGUACCUGAGACUAUGACUGAAAUUUUGGAUGUUUCUGAUGAGGAAGGUGAUGACACAAUGACAGGAGAUGGGGGAGAAUAUCUAAGACCUGAAGAUUUGAAGGAACUAGGUGAUGAUUCAUUACCUAGUACUCAGUUCUUAGAUGGCAUGAACUACCUGAGAUACAGCCUGGAAGGAGGCCACUCUGACAGCCUGCGAUCCUUCAGUUCAGACAGGUCCCGUACACUGAGCCAUACUUCGUACUUGAGGGACAGCACUAUGAUCGAUGACACCAUCAUUAUCCCAAGUCACCAGAUAGCUGCAUUAACUAAAGAAGGUGAAAGAAAUUCAUAUCGUUUAAGUUGGAGUCCUGAUAAUCUGGACAACAUAACUCUUUCUGCUAGCCCUAUUCAUUCUGGUUUUCUGGUCAGUUUUAUGGUUGAUGCUCGAGGUGGUGCUAUGCGGGGUUGCAGACACAACGGGCUUCGAAUCAUUAUUCCACCUCGGAAAUGCACUGCUCCAACUCGAGUUACUUGCCGGUUGGUCAAACGCCAUAGACUCGCCACAAUGCCUCCGAUGGUGGAAGGAGAUGGUCUUGCCAGUCGCCUUAUCGAGGUUGGGCCUUCUGGUGCUCAAUUUCUUGGUAAACUUCACCUGCCUACGGCUCCUCCCCCACUUAAUGAGGGAGAAAGUUUGGUCAGCCGAAUCCUACAGCUGGGGCCUCCAGGGACCAAAUUUCUUGGGCCUGUGAUUGUUGAAAUCCCUCACUUUGCGGCAUUACGUGGUAAAGAAAGAGAGCUGGUGAUUUUGCGCAGUGAGAAUGGGGACAACUGGAAAGAGCAUUUCUGUGAAUUUACGGAAGAUGAGUUGAAUGAAAUACUAAAUGGAAUGGAUGAAGUGCUUGACACCCCAGAAGAGCUAGAGAAGAAGCGUAUUUGCCGUAUUAUCACCCGAGACUUCCCACAGUACUUUGCAGUGGUAUCUCGGAUUAAACAAGACAGUAAUCUCAUUGGACCUGAGGGUGGUGUGCUAAGCAGCACUGUAGUACCACAAGUGCAAGCAGUCUUUCCAGAGGGAGCAUUAACUAAGAGAAUUCGUGUUGGUCUUCAGGCCCAACCUAUGCACAGUGAACUUAUAAAGAAAAUUUUAGGCAACAAAGCCACAUUCAGCCCUAUUGUCACACUGGAACCUAGGCGAAGAAAAUUCCAUAAGCCAAUCACUAUGACCAUUCCUGUUCCCAAAGUUUCCAGUGAUAUGAUGAUAAAUGGUUAUGGAGGUGAGACUCCUACUCUAAGACUACUAUGCAGCAUAACAGGUGGAACAACACCUGCUCAGUGGGAAGACAUAACAGGAACAACACCAUUAACAUACGUAAAUGAAUGUGUUUCCUUCACCACAAAUGUAUCUGCCAGAUUUUGGUUGAUAGAUUGUCGACAGAUACAGGAAUCUGUAGCAUUUGCUUCCCAAGUCUAUAGAGAAAUUAUAUGUGUACCUUACAUGGCCAAAUUUGUAGUGUUUGCCAAAUCUCAGGAUCCCAUAGAAGCCCGUCUAAGAUGUUUCUGCAUGACCGAUGAUAAAGUGGAUAAAACACUGGAACAACAAGAAAAUUUUGCUGAAGUUGCUCGAAGCAGGGAUGUAGAGGUAUUAGAAGGAAAACCUAUAUUUGUGGACUGCUUUGGGAAUUUAGUACCAUUAACAAAGAGUGGUCAACAUCAUAUAUUCAGUUUUUAUGCCUUCAAAGAAAACAGACUUCCAUUGUUUGUCAAGGUUCGGGAUACAACACAAGAAUCUUGUGGACGUCUAUCAUUUAUGAAAGAGCCUAAAUCUACAAGAGGUCUAGUACAUCAAGCUAUCUGCAAUCUGAAUAUCACAUUACCAAUAUAUACAAAGGAAUCAGAAUCAGAUCAAGAACAGGAAGAAGAGACUGACACAUCAGAAAAACAUGAUGACGAAACAGAAUCUACAGAAACACCUGUCUUGAAAAGCCAUCUUGUCAAUGAUGUUCCCGUCCUAGCAAGUCCAGAUUUGCUGUCUGAAGUCUCUGAGAUGAAACAAGAUUUGAUAAAAAUGACUGUAAUCUUGACAACAGACUCUUCUGAAAAAACAGAUUCUAUUAAGGUGAAAGAUCUUACAAAAGCAGCAGAUGAAGAGCCUGGAGAACCAUUUGAAAUUGUGGAAAGAGUUAAAGAGGACUUGGAAAAAGUGAAUGAAAUUCUAAGAAGUGGGAGUUACCCCAAAGAAAAGCCAGCUUUGCAGAGAUCUGCUUCGGAAAAAAAGUUGGUGGAAGAAGAUUGGGUUCUUUUAAGUGAUGAAGAAAUUGAAGAGGCCAAGCAAAAUGCUCCUUUGGAAGUUUGCGAGCCUGUUUGUGUAGAAAAUAGAAUAGGCAAAGGAAAAUCAAAGAAAGAAACAAAAGAUAUGACAGGAAUGAUUGAUUAUCUCAGCGAAGAUCUAAAAGUUUAUGUGUCUUUGAAUGAAAUGCAACCGAAGACAUUUCAAGAAGACAUAGUAGAAGAAAGAUUUGAAGCUGUUGUUGUAAACAGAGGUUCUGAAGCAGAUAAAAAAGACAAAAAGAAGCAAGCUCAAUGCAAACCUACCCUGGAAAUUAAAAAACCUGUUAGAAAGAAAUUAAAAGACAAAUUAAAUCUAAAGGUUGAAGAAACCCAAGGAAAGGAUAAGCCUUUAGGGAUAGACAAAGUCAGUUCAGAGGAAUCUUUAGAUGAAGAACAACUAUUAUCUAUUGCAGAGCCUGUGAAAGAUACUGCUGUCUCUCCAGUUAUAGAAGAAACCCCUAUUGGGUCAAUUAAAGAUAAAGUGAAAGCUCUUCAGAAGCGAGUAGAAGAUGAACAGAAAGGGCGUUCAAAGUUGCCAGUUCGACUUCAAGGAAAAGAGGGAUCUGAGAAGCCUGUUACAAAGCCAUCACAGACUAAAAAGAUUAUUUGUAAAACAAAACCUCCAGGUUCUCCCUCUUCCACAAAGACUUCAACUUCUCCAUCAGCCACAAAGAUUCCACCUUCUCCAAAGACUUCUGCUGCUUCUUCCUCUCCUUCUAAACUGUCAUCUCCUUCUACUAAGAAGCCAGCUGUUUCUCCUACCACAAAAAAGCCAACUCUUUCUCCCACGUCAAGGAAGCCACCAGUUUCUCCCACAGUUAAGAAGCCAUCAGUUUCUCCCACAGCUAAAAAGCCUCCUGUUUCUCCCACAUCCAAGAAGCCUUCUGUGUCACCGUCUUCUAAAACAGAAAGAAUUGAAGAAACUAUGUCUGUUCGUGAACUAAUGAAAGCUUUCCAGUCAGGUCAAGACCCAUCAAAGCAUAAAGCUGGACUUUUUGAGCAUAAGUCUGUAAAGCAGAAACAACAGGAUUCUGACAAAGGGACAACUAAAAAAGGAGCUUGUCAAGCAGAAAGUGAAAAGAAGCUAGCAUUAACCUCUAGAGACACACAUAAAAGAGACAGUCCCAAAAGCAAAAAGGACCAGGAACCUCAGACAGAGGUAGGUUUGCAAUCUAAAAAAAUCACACAGAGUAUACCUCAUAUAACCUUGAAGAAAGAUUUAAUCACAAAAUCACAGAGUGACAGAAAAAAAGAACCUCCUGUCAUUGUUGAAGAAAAAUCCAAAGAUGUAGCCCUAACAGUUGAUGACCAAGGAGAUACUGAACUUCAGAUUAGUCCCGAUAGAAAGACAUCAACAGAUUUUUCUGAUGUCAUAAAAGAAGAGCUGGAAGAUAAUGAUAAAUACCAACAGUUGCGGCAUGUUUCAAUUACCGAGGAAGGUGAGCUUCACUUAGAUCAAGUUUUGACCAGUCCAUUCAAUGUUACAUUUACAUCAGAAUAUGUGAAAGAUGGGUUUUUGCCCACACUCUCCUUGCAAAGUGGUGCUUUGGAUGGCAGCUCAGAAAGUCUUAAACAUGAAGGCAUAGCAGACUCUCCAAUUGGUAGCCUGCUUGAUGGAACUCCCCAGAACAGCUCUGAGGAAAGUUAUAAGCAUGAGGGCUUGGCAGAAACUCCAGAAACAAGCCCCGAGAGCCUUCCAUUUUCAUCUAAGAAAACAGAAACUGCUGACCAGACGGAAGAAACUAUAUUAGCCAGUGCAGUGCAGAGGACACCAGAAACGCAUUCACCAAGGGGGCUUUCUCCAAAAGAAAAGGAAAUUACUAUUUGUGACAAAGACCUAAAAGAUAUGGCAGAAACCACAGAAUCCCAUUCCCAUCAUAUGUCAGAAGAACACUCCAAAGGCCUAGAUUCUAGCUCAACUCUGAUUGAUAAAGAUGCUCUCCAUGAUAAAUCAUCAGUGCUGGCAGAUCAAAGACAUUUAACUAAAUUAGCUGAACCAACUGAUUCUUUUAUUGAAAAAGAUGAGGAUACAUCCUUUGAGCCAUAUACCAUUAGCAGAGGACUAGAGCUUUCAUUUCCAAGCCAUGAGGCAGAAAGUCUUAGCCCAGCUGCAGACGAAUCCAUAGCUAUAAGUCAUAAAGAUUCAUUGGAAGCAAGCCCAGUGUUGGAGGAUAAUUCUUCACGUAAAACACCUGAUUCCCUUGAACCUAGUCCAACCAAAGAAUCCCCCUGUUGUGAUUCUCUGGAAAGUAGCCCUGUAGAACAGAAAUCAAAGGCUGGCUUCCUUCCAGGUCCUGGUCCCAUUCAGGCUACCCCUGCUAAAGCUGAAAACUUCCCAGAACUAGCACCUGUGCGAUCUAGACUCUUACGUGAUCCUGAUGGAAGUGCUGAAGAUGACAGUCUAGAACAAACAUCUCUUUUGGAGAGCUCAGGAAAAAGUCCUCUUUCACCUGAGACUCCUAGCUCUGAAGAAAUUAGUUAUGAAAUCACACCAAAAAUAACUGAAUCACAGAUUCUUGCAAAUAUACCCAAGUCUGCAGUAAUUCCUGAGGUUAAUGAAGAACCAGAAGAUGAUUCAGAAGAUGAACCAAAGAAAAGAUACACUCCAGAAGAGGAGAUGUUUAAAAUGGUGGCCAAAAUUAAGAUGUUUGAUGAGAUGGAACAGGAAGCAAAACAGAAGAGGGACUAUAGAAAGGAUUUCAAACAAGAUGAUAUUUCAACUUCUGAUUUAGAAGGUGCUUCUGAAACUGAAAGGCUGCCUUCAACAACUCUAGAAGAUAAUGCUUUAUCUACAAUAGUGACUUCUGGAGUUGUAUCUAGAAAGAGCUCUUCCUCCUCAGAAAGCGAACCAGAAUUAACAAAGCUGAAAAAAGAAGCUGAUUCUGGGCUGUUAAUGGAACCUACAAUGAGACUGCAACCUUCUUCACCUCAUCUUUCCAAUAUGGAUUCCAGUUCCAGUCCUGAAGAGACAGGAUUUCAGCCCAUUGAGUCUAAGCAGCAAGCAUUCAGUACUGAGGAGGAUAACACGGAAUCUGAUAAACCAACUGAGGAAACCAAAAUGUCGUGUGAUACUUCACUUGCUUCUGAUGCCAGCAUCAUAGCACAGGCUAGUGAAUCAAAGUGCUAUAGUACAGAUGAGAGUGAUACAGUUAGCCCUAAUGGCCCUAUGAUGCCACCUGAGGAAUCUUUCUACCAUUCUGCUGAUGAUGAUGCUCAAAAAAUAUCUGAGUUAUAUGAAACUUCAAUGGCAUCAUACCAGCAGGAUGAUUCUUUAAAAGAUAGUGUAGCAUCUGAAGGGAUAAUACCAAAUGACUUAAUUAGCAUGGAAGGAACUUCAGAGGACUCAUGUACAUCUGGGACUUCUCAUUGCUGUGUUUCACAAAAUAAUGUAUUGGCUACUAAUGUUUCACCUGACCACUGCCCUUUGGGAAGUGAUAUGGCUGGAACAGAUCACAGGUUAGAGACGACAGACAGGGCUUUUCCUAGCAUAGAACAUACCACAAAAUAUUCAUCUCCAACAACCCCAAAAAGUAAAUGUGAAAGUGAUGUAGAAGAAUUUGGCAAAAGUAGUGAUUUGCCUAUGACAAGCCCUUAUGAAAAUGUCCCUUCACAACAUUUUUUUACUAAUGAUGAAAUUAGUACAGAAAUUAAUUUUAAAACAAGAAUAGACCAGUCAUCUGAGGAAAACUAUUAUGAUAACAAAAAAACUAAAACGAUUGAAGCUACAAGCAUGAAUUCUCUUUAUAGAACACUAUCAGAAGGUUCUGAAGUUCAGAUCCCAGAAGGUGUUUGUAUGGAGAUAGAAUCCAAGCAAAUGGACAAUUUUCAGAAAAGAACAGCUUCAGCAUCUUCUGUAUCAGUCUCUACAUCACUUGAUGAAGCUGCUCUACAAGGUAUCAGGCAUGAAGCUGAAGAAAUAAUUAGCCAAGUAAUUAUAACUAGGACAGAUGUGGAUUCUGAGAAGUGGAGUCAAAUUCGUGAAGAUGAUGAUGCUUUUGAGGCUAGAGUGAAGGAGGAAGAACAAAAAAUAUUUGGCUUAAUGGUAGACAGGAGAUCACAAGGCACCACACCUGAUACAACACCAGCCAGAACACCUACUGAAGAUGGGACUCCUUCCAGUGAACCAAAUCCCUUUCUUUUCCAGGAAGGAAAAUUGUUUGAAAUGACAAGGAGUGGUGCCAUUGAUAUGACUAAAAGGAAUUAUUCUGAUGAAAGCUUAGACUUUUUCCAGAUGGGGGAGCCAUCUCAGGAAGAAGUGUCAUUGUCUGAAGAAAUGAGAGAAGCUGAAGGCCUAGAAUGUCCCCCUGAGGAACAAUCUUCGAUUUCAGUUGCACCUUCUGAAUUUAAUAAAGCAGAAACAGCUGUGCAAAGUCCCCUUAUGCCUGUAUCAGAGGAUGAGACCGCUGCUUUAUGUAGCACAAAAGAAGAUGUUAAAUCUCGAAUUCCUAUUAAAAUGGGUAUUUCAGCCUCUUCAAAAUCACCAAAGAAAGAAAGAACAGAUUCUGAUCAUGACCUCCCCUCUAGUGAUACAUUUGAUAGCUCCCAGAUGCCUUGUCCUAUCUCUCCUGAGCAGACAGUGAUUGAUGUACACUUACAUUUUUCCACAGUCACUAGGUCUGUUUGUGCUGAAAAAGAAGAUGAUUCUCCAGAUUCCUCCCCAGAGGAGCAGAAAUCUGUGAUUGAAAUCCCCACAGCUGCCAUGGAGAGUGUGCCUUCUAGUGAAAGCAAAUCCAAAAUCCCCAUUAGGGCUACUCCAGCUACAUUCCCAUCAUCAGAUAAGUCAGAAGCUGAGAGCCUUCCUUCAGUUGGCUUCAUAGACAACCUGGAAGAACCACAGGAUGAUGCUUCCAAACCAAAAUCUAAAAUUCCAGUUAAGGCAAUUGUUCAAAGAGGUGAGCAAGAAUCUUUAGAGACAGAAACAUCUGCCUGGCAGUCAGAAUCAGCUAAAGUCCCUGAUGUAACCUGCAAAGUACCUAUGAAGCAAGACAUUAGGAGUAAAUCUGAAUCUGAUGCCAGUGCCUCCAUGGACUCAAAAGCUAAGCAUUCAGUCAAAGCUAGAAGUUACACUGAGGCAGAAGCAGAGACCAGAGAGAGGGUGGGUGAGAUGAAGCUUGAACUAGAAUCAGAUGAGUUGAUGACUGCCCGACCAAAGAUAUUUUCUUCACGAUUACCUGUUAAGAGCAGAAGUGCCUCAGCUUCCCGAAAUGCUGUUAGUCCCUCAAAAGAAAGUAAGGAACAUUUUUUUGACCUUUACAAAAAUUCUAUAGAAUUCUUUGAGGAGAUUAGCGAUGAAGCUUCCAAGUUAGUGGAUAGGCUUACACAAUCAGAGAGAGAACAAGAAUUAGUUUCAGAUGAUGAAAGUAGCAGCGCCCUAGAAGUUUCAGUUAUUGAAAAUGUGCCAUCCAUUGAGACCCAGCAGUCACUUGCCGAGGACAUCUUUGACACCAGGCCCAUAUGGGAUGAGUCCAUUGAGACUCUGAUUGAACGUAUUCCUGAUGAAAAUGUCCCUGACCAUGUUGAAGAACAACAAGAUAAUCAGGAAAGAAUAGAAGAAAGACUAGCCCAUAUUGCUGAUCAUCUUGGAUUUAGCUGGACAGAGUUAGCAAGAGAACUGGAUUUCACUGAAGAACAAAUUCAUCAAAUUCGGGUUGAGAAUCCCAAUUCUCUUCAGGAUCAGAGUCAUGCGUUACUGAAAUAUUGGCUGGAAAGAGAUGGAAAGCAUGCUACUGAUUCAGGUCUUACAGAGUGUGUUAAAAAAAUUAAUCGAAUGGAUAUUGUCCACCUAAUGGAAAGUAGUAUGGAAAAGUCCAGAGAUCAUGGUCGCACCUAUGCAGAAAUUGAACAAACAAUGGUACUGGAUCACAGUGAAGGGUUCUCUGCACUUCAUGAAGAUCUAUGCAGCACAAAAGAUAAAAAAGAGGAAGAAUAUUCCUUUUCUAAAGAUAGUGAGCCAUCAGAUCAUCCUCCCCUUGUUUCAGAAGAAGACCUUUCUCUUAGUUGCUCACCCUUGCAUGAAGGCACAUCGAAGGCUGAGGCAGAAGUAUCUGUGGUAGAACUUCUACACCAAAUACAGAAAGAUCAUGUGAAAGCUGAAUUCUCAGGGAAGCCUCAUGAGCUGACAGAAGAUUCAUCUACUACACAGGAGUAUGUUAUCACAGCUUCUGGAGCAGAUUUGACACAAGUGCCCCAAAGUGUGAAAACAGCCAUCAUUGCCAGUGACAAAUCUGGGGAUCCCACCGCAGAAUGUGAAGAUCUUGAAAGGCCACAAUUGCAUACUCCAACAUCUAGUGAUCGAACUGAUUCUCCCAUUGUGGAAGAACCUGAGGACCAUCACUUUCAGCAAGAAGAUAUGCAUCCAAGGAAAAACAGCCUGGUGAUUGUUGAAUCCACUGAUGAACCGCCUGAAGAAUUAGAAAGACAUGAAGAAGAAUUGUUAGAAAAAGCUGAUGAUGUGCCUGAAUUACCCCCGGAAGCUGUAACGGAGGAACACUAUGUGGAUGAACAUGGCCAUAUUGUGGUGAAGAAGGUCACUAGGAAAAUCAUCAGGCGAUUCGUUUUACCAGAUGGAACAGAAAAAGAAGAAGUUGUGAUGCAGGGAGAACCCCAAGAACCUGUUACAGUGGAAGAAGGAGACAGUUACUCCAAAGUCAUAAAGCGGGUGGUAUUGAAAAGUGAAAGUGAACAAUCAGAGGUGACCUUUUCUGAGACAAGUGUAUUACCAAGUGCCUCAGAAUUCCAGGCUGAACCAGUAGAAGGCCGCAAGGUCAGCAAAGUUAUAAAAACUACCUUAGUGCAAGGGGAGAGAAUGGAAAAACAUCAUGGAGAUUCUAGUUUAGCAGUGAAUCUUCCAUCAGCCAAAGAUGACUUCGAAGAGGACAACAAUGAGUAAAGCUAGUACACAGAAGAGGACUGUGGUUAAGGACCAGUAUGGAAACCGGACUCAUGUGGAGCUGCUGGAGGACACACCAGACGCGCUACCCCAGGAUGAUCUUCAGCAUGACCUUCAACAAUUAUUAAGGCAUUUCUGCAAAGAUGAGCAGAAGAAAGAGGCCAAAUGAGAUGCUGCUAAAUCUCACUCUUAGACCACCACACAUAUCCAUUAACUGUCCAGCUUUAUCCAACUUUCUUUUAUCAUAGAUGUUAUUAUUAUUUAACAUAAUCAUCAGGGAACACUGCUGUUUCUACUUUGAGCAUAUAGAGCAGAUUUUCCAUUUCAUUUUCUUUGUUUCUAAAUAUCUGUAAGCUAAUUUGUGACCAAAGAUCACAUCCUUCAUUCUGGAUGGUUUUAUCUACUAAGUCAUAGACUUUGUGUGCUCUCCUUGACACUCUUGUCAUCUUGGCAUUUUUAUUGUUCUUUAUUUUUUUGCACCAGAUCCAUAAUCGCAUAAGUUUCUUCCACAGGCCUCUUGAAAUGACAGUGUACAUGUGUUUUUUAAAGGAUAUUAUUAACUCUAAACUGUAAAUAGAGAAAAUAUGUGGAUUCACAAGACGGAAAGAAAGAAGCACUGCCUAUUGUGACUACUUUUAGCAUCAGGACUAUAAGGUUCGUCGAAGAAUAAUUCCUCUAAUAUUGCUAACACAAUCCAUCGCAACUAGGACAUGGAUCUAUCAAGAACGAAGCAAAUCAAUCCUCCUGUGUUCAUAGGACUUCCAGUGUAAUAAAUUACUUGACUAAAGAGUCAGAACAAAGCCUCACGUUUCAGCUGUUUCCCUUACAGGACAGUUGAUUGCAGCCAUUACUGCUUUUUUGCUUCCUGGGAAAACCACCUCAAGAUUUCCUGAAGAAAAAAAUAUACCCAGUUAGAUAUAAUGUGCUAGCAGCUGUAUCUGUGGCACUUUUGCAUACUGUAUUUAAUUCUUUUAGAUCAGGGAUGUGAAAUGGGUGCAUUCAAUCGUUCUGAUUUCUACACUGUUUGGAUCACUCCUUGAAUAAACCACGCUGUCUUAGAAGGGGUUAUCUCUGCUGGCCACAGCACUACAGACAUUUUGCAGGAGGAAAAGAAACUUUCAGAGGAAAAAAAAGAUUUAUCACAUUAUGUCAAGAUUGUCUCUUAAAUCUGGCACAUGCAUGUGGCAUUGGAAUAUAAAACAUGACCUUUCUAUAAUCAUGCCAAUCGCUUCUCAUCCUUCCUAGCACUGAGCGAGCAGAAAUUACCAUUGUCUUUGAGGUUUUUCUCCAGAGUUUUAUUUAUAAGGAGACAGGAAUCCACUACGCAUUCAUUUGAGUUUUUUCUCCUCCCUUUGCUAUUUUAUUUAUAGUUCUUAAUCACCUUUCAAGCAUUAUUCAUGUAAAUGUCUGCACUUUGAUUUUCCAAGAAGGCAUAUAUGACCCUGGAAUUGUUUUGUGGUCUGUACCUAAUUCUAAUAGUGGUCUGAAGCUCUGUAGCAUUUUAACAUAUAUAUGUAAUUAGAUAUAUAUAUAACAUAUAUAUAUAUAUAUUAUAUGAAAUGGUAUACAUUUUGAGUCAGUUAUUUGAUAAACACAAAGCAUAUUCAGCAAUGAUGAGUCAGGUCCUCUAGAGCUGAAUAUUUUUCAAAACCCUGCUAGCCUUUCUUCCUUUAAACAAAACAAACCGACUCACUCAGUGCUCAGGAUGCUGAAAAUAAAUGUUCCAAGUGGCACCUCCUCAUUAAGCAACAAUGCCAAGAGAAAAGAAACAUUUGAGGAGGUUUUGAUUUCCUGCUUUUAAAAAAAAACUACUUGGUGCCAUGCAAAUUUGUUGGCAAAGCAGGACACAAGCACUUAAUGACUGCCAAAAUGAAAGGAGACCUAAUUGCAGGACACACAAUAGCUCAUUUCUCAUUGUCAAGAACAUCACUGUUUAACCUUCAAGACUGGGCCUCUACAAGAAAUGCAUUUCUGUUGUGUUAUUUGCGGUGCAGAUGAUGUUCUGUGUAACAGCAUAAUGGCUAUUCUCCUUUUUUCAGUUUUGAAUUUUUGCUGUGUUAUCAGAGAACUUGAAUACUGUGAGAAGGUGAUUUUAAGUUGAUAAAUCGGCAUCUUGUUCCCAUGGUGAUAACACUUAACUGAAUAUAUCUAUGAGGGCAUGUAUUAAAGAUGUAAAACAAACAAACAGCACUAACAAUACAUAGCUGCAAUGUGUACAAUGGCUGAUUUAAUUAAAUAAAAAUAUAAAAGUGUUAAAUGUA